AAGAGAUGUGACGGCUCGAGUGGUGGAUCUCUCGCUCGGCUUUGGCCAUGGCGCUCUCGGCGCCUGUGCCGAGCCUCGGAAGCCGAGGUCCGAUUUUGCGCUUGGAAGGUCCGGUGGCUCACCCGUCCCAACCCAGCCGGCCUUCUCGAACGUUGACGUCCAGCGCAGGUGCCUCGGUGCUUGGAGUCCUUGGCCUCGCGUCGCGUGCGCGAUCCACUCGCUGCAAGGCGCAGUUGGCAGCCCGGCGCCGCCGGCAGAGCACGGACCCCUUGGAGCAUUUGACACCCCGGGCAGAGGACAUCGAGCCGGGUGAGCGGCUCUUCCGUCAGAUCUACAAGCCCAGCAUGCGCAAGGCGGACUUCCCUGAGGGUGAGGAGGAGGAGCAGGAGGAACCUUCUCCACGCAAGACGAAGAGGAGGGGCAAAGCCGCCUGGCUCGCCGCCAACCAGAAGGAGAAGGAAGACCCCGCCUACGGCAAGCGCUGGCAGCUGGAUCCUGCCAGAAGAGGGCCAAAGAACAAGCCCUGGGCAGUGGGCGAGGUAGUGGAUGAGGUCCAGGACAUCGACCAACGGGCCUCGAAAUACCGCACCAUGUACAAGCGCCCACGGUUUAGCUGGAAGGAAGUGGAGAAGGACGAUCUCCGCACGUCUGCGCUGAGAGGGGACAUGUCUGCCAUCGGUGACGAUGAGGUGUGGCUCGCCAAGUUCUUGUCCCACUCGGGGGCGUGCUCGCGGCGGCGAGUGAAAGAGUUGGUGCUGCAAGGCCGCAUCACCGUGAACGGGGAGGUCAUCCAGGACCCUGUCAUGAAGGUUGAUCCGAAGAAGGAUACGGUGACACUGGACGGGAAGGUGCACAAGCCUCGCACCUUGGACGAGCUGGUGUGGAUCAUGCUCUACAAGCCCAAGGACGUUCUCACAACCUUGCAGGACCCCGCCGGGCGCAAGACCAUCGCGGACCUGGUGCCCUUCGCGCAAUCCAGACGCUUGGUGCCAGUCGGCCGACUCGAGCGCAACUCCACGGGCAUUGUGCUGCUGACCAACGACUACGAGUGGCACACAAUCUUGGCCCACCCACGCUACGAGAUGCCCAAGCGCUACCGUGUGACGGUCUUCAACGGAGCGCCAAAUGUCCAGAAGCUUCAGGCGCUGCAGCGGGGGCUGCACCUCCCGGACGAAGCUCGACCCUGCCUGCCUUUGGAGGAGUUGGAGGUGGUGGAGCAUGACCGCAAGAUGGAGAUGGCGGCCCUCACCUUCGUCAUGAAGGAGGGGAAGUACCGACAGAUCCUCAGGAUGUUCGAGUUUCUUGGGCACCCCAUCAGGGCAGUGAAGCGAACACGGAUUGGCUUGGUGGGUCUUGACAAAGAGCUCAAGGCUGGCCAAUACCGGAUGCUGACUCCGAAAGAGAUCAGGAGGCUAAAGGGCUCCACCAUCUUGAAGAAGCCCGGCGGCGAUCCGCUGGCCAGGGCCAAGAAGAUGAAGAAGGUCUUCGGAGGCGACUCGGACUUUAAAGACUUCAAAGACUCAGACUUUGACGAGCUGGAGUCGGAGAGUAGGCCUUCAAGGAGAGGCGGGAGAGGUGCAAGAGGCGCACCCUCUCGCCGCAAGGCGCGGGACGCCGAGCCCCAGGAGGCGACGCUGGAGUCGCUUCAGGGCCUGGCGCUAGAUAGCGAGUCGGAAGCGGAGGACGGGGGGGACUGGGAGGCGAGCUGGAUUCAGCAGCUGGACGAGAUGACCAGCAAGAGGUGAGCCAUGGUGAGCCGCGCAGAUUCGGUGUUUGCGGAGAGUGUUCCAGGCACAUGCCGGCCCCUUCGUGUUUCACUCCACUCUUGAAAGGGGCCGAGCAGAAUGAUUUGAAGAAAGCGCUUGACGUUGAUAGCAAGUGGGUGCCUUGGGCCAAUUUGGAAAGCAGCCAGGACUGUGCAGGGAAGAUCACACAGCUCAGCGCCUUUAGGCUACAGCCUCCAUUCUUGAAAGGGCC